UGCUACUUCCUGUCACUGUCGUCAUGGUGACUAUGAGGGCCCAAGAGCAAUUGAUACAGGGCCAGUGAGGAGGCCUCAUGUCUGAUUCUGCUCCACACUGCCACUGAAGUACGUGAUACUGGCACACUACACUGCUGAAGUGCCUUUGAAAGAGUUCCAGACAUGGAGGAGGCGGGCAAGGUGAAUGGCUUUGGAUUGAACCCAGGACAGAGGGGCUCAGACUGGGGUCACAUUGCCCUGCUGGACAAGACGAGAGAGUUCUUCCAGACAUGUGAUGUGGAGGGAAAAGGCUUCAUCACCCGUACCGACAUGAGGAGGCUUCACAGAGAGCUGCCUCUGUCUGCAGAGGAGCUGGAGGAUGUGUUUGACUCUCUGGAUACACAACACACUGGUUACCUAACACUGGAGGCAUUCUCUUCUGGAUUCAGUUUAUUCCUUCAUGGCCGGAGAAUCUCAGUGACUGACGACCAAAACCCGUCCCCUGGCCCGGGCUUUAGGGCCAAGGAAGCUCUCUACCAGAGCCAAUGGGAAGCCAAGUUGUCAGGAGUAGAGGACGAGGAGGAGAGGCACUUCUGCAUGCUGCUGGAAAGCCUGGGGGCUGGCAAUGUGUUUGAGGAUCCAGGCGAGGUGCGCACUCUGUGGGCCCAGCUCAGGCGAGAUGAGCCUCACCUCCUGACCAACUUUGAGGAGUUCCUGGCCAGGGUCACACACCAGAUCAAAGAAGCUCACCGAGAGAAGACGGAGAUGGAGAGCGCCCUACAAAGGAAGGCUGCAACACAUGAUAAUGAGAUCCGUCACCUAUAUGAAGAAAUGGAGGCGCAGAUCAAAAAUGAAAAGGACAGGCUGCUACUAAAGGACUCUGAGCGUCUUCAAGUGCGCAGCCAAGACCUGGAGCACCAGUUAAUUUCAAAGGAGAAAGAACUGGAACAUAUUUUCCAGAAGCAGAAAAGGUUAGAGCUCCAGUGCCAUGAGCUGAACAGUGAGAGGCAGGAGAGCCACGUGGAGAACGUCAAGCUAAAGAUGACCAACGAUGAGUUGUCCCGAGCUCUGGAGAGCACCAGCCAGGAGCUGUCGCUGGCCCAGGACCAGCUGGCCAUGCUGCAAGAGCAGGCCGCCCGGCUGCACCAGGAGAAAGAGAUGGAAAUGUACAGAGUAACUGAAGGACUGCAGAGGGAGAAGCAAAGUCUCAUGAAACAGCUUGACCUUCUCAAAGAGAUGAACAAACAUUUAAAGGAUGAGCGAGACAUAUGCUGCGGUGUGCCUCGAACCUCACUCAGAAAGAAGCAGAAGCAGAGAGCCGGCCUCGCCAACAUAUUUGAUGACACUAGCCAGCCGGUGAAAAGAGCCCCACUGCUCGUGGACGGGUCCUACCAGUCUCUGGAGGCCUUGCCUAUAGAGCACCUUCAAAUCGUGUUUGUUGCUUCCUCCUCCUGCAGUGAGGAUGACUCCACCACUGCUGCCUCCACCACCCCCACCACCACCUCUAGCGCAACUUUGUGUCAACUGCCCCCUGCAGCAAAGAAGAACCCCAGCUUAGCCAACGGCUACGCCAACCCUGCUCCACCUAAAGCUCAUGAUGUGAAGGCAAAGUCUAAAAAGGUACCCGGCAAGAUGGUCACCGCUAAAAGGGUGGCGGGGAAAGACAGACAAAAAGUAAAGAAAGUGGAGAUGGAAAGGAAGGUUCAGGUAGAGGAGGAGGGCUUGGAUGCCCCUCCAGAUGGUUGGCCCCUCCGUCGAGUCAUCUCAAUCGAAGAAGACCACCUGCCCCACCUUCUCCAAGGUGGGCCCCAACUGUUACUGCACCAGCUCAGUGAGGAGGAAGAUGAGGAGGAGGAAGAUGAAGCACAGAGUGACACUGAAUCUAGUGUUGUCACAGCAAUAGACCUCUCUGCCACCCCACCCCCCAGUCAAAUCCCUGUGCUGGCAGAAAAUCCUCUGGCAAGGAAAUCACGUUUUUCCCAAGCAAAAAAGACGCCCCUAUCUCCAAGAGGUCAACCUGUCGGGAAGGAGACUCAGCAUAAGGCAAAAGAAGGAGCACUGCUUGCCCCAGACCGCCUGUUUAAGGUGGUCCUGGUCGGCAACUCGAGUGUAGGGAAGACAUCCCUGCUACGCUCCUUCUGUGAGGGCCGUUUCCACCCUUCAACCACUGCUACUGUGGGAAUUGACUACAAUGUCAAGACACUAACACUGGAAAAUAUACAGGUAGCCAUGCAGCUUUGGGACACAGCUGGUCAGGAGAGGUACCGCAGCAUAACCAAGCAGUUCUUUCGCAAGGCAGACGGUGUGGUGGUGAUGUAUGAUGUCACGGUGGAGGAGAGCUUUAAGGCUGUGCAACCCUGGCUCACCAAUGUCCAGGAAGCUGCAGGAGAAGGGAUCCCCAUCCUCCUGCUAGGCAACAAAAUGGACAUGAAUGAAGACAGGCAGGUGACGUUCAAAGAGGCUGAGCAACUGGCUUAUGAAAACAAAGUGAUGUUCUUUGAGGUCAGUGCCUACACAGGCAAGAAUGUGACAGAGUCUCUGACACAUCUGGCCAGAGUGUUAAUGGAGCAGGAGGACACGGUGAGAGACACAACAGUCAUCCUCACUGCUCAGCCCAUAAAGAAGAAAGCCUGCUGCAAGUGAAGACACACUGAUGGACAAAACAAAGUAGACCUUUGGAAAUCUAGGAUAUUUGCUCAUAUACUCAGUUUAGUGCUGGAUCACUUUUGGACAUUGGCUUUGCAGAGCUUGAAGACAACAGUGAAAUCAGUCUAGGACUUUUUUUUAUUCCUGUGACAGUACAGAGAUGUUGUCAUAGAUUGCAACUGUGUCUUUUAACAGGCAGUUUUCAUUUUAGCUCCGAAAUGCAGAACAUGUCCACAUCAACAUGAAGGAUUGUGUCAUCCAAGUGAACAAGAAAACUACUGUCAAGUUUAGACAAUGAGACUCAAAGGAAAAGCUUGUCUUAAGAAAAAACGGUGCUCCACCAUUUCCUGUAAAUAACGCUGUGUGGAUGAAUCACAGUGGUACUGUCUAUAUGAUUUAAA